AUGAAACUCGUCCCCCUUUUCGCGUUGGUCCUCCUCCUGCUCGCAACUCUCGUACGCGUAAAAUGCAUUAAAAAAACUCCCCAUAGGAGGUACCCACAUUUGGGAUACCCCCCGAACAUUCAGCACAAGGGGAAAAGUAGCGGCCAUGAAUAUGCCUUCAUUGGGAUUGCAAAAAGGAAGUAUGACUUGUCACAUUUCAGGAAAAAUAAAAUAACUCCCAAUGACCAACACGUUGUGAAAAAAAAGAAUACUGUGCACGUCUUAUAUUUACAUGAUGGGGAAAAUGGAAAGGGACAAGUGAAGAACAAUCAUUUAAAUAUGAAAGAUAAAAAUUGGUGGAAUAAAGUAACAUCAAACUUGUUAAUAUUUAACAGAAAAUGCCUGACCAGAUUCCUCUGCGUGGGUACCUUCUGUUUAGGCCUCUACCCAUUGUACACCUUUUUAGUAAACAAAAAAAUUGAACUUGCCAUUAUGAAUGUUUUUAAAGAGAACUUUCUGUGUGUGGAUAUUCCCCAAAAAAUGAGAAGAUAUUUUUUUUCCGUUUCGUUUGGUGAAUUCAGAUCAUCUCCAUUUUUCUUGUCCACAAUUUUGGUUUAUAUAGAAAAAAAAAGGGAGGCCACACGGAUGAAGUCUGCAAUUGAAGCUUACAACAAGAGUAGAGACGAGUAUAUAAACACUGGUAGGGAUUCUUCAGAGGACAGUGACCACGACGCGGAUAAUUUCGGUUACGUAGAUGAGGGGGACGAUUUCGGGAAGGACCCCUACUGA